UACAUAUUUUUUUUGUCUUUUUUUAAUAUAUCAAUUUAUUUAUUUUUUUCCUCUGCAAUUUUAGGGUUUCUUAAACCCUGCCUAAAAUCACAAUGCUAAAUUCCAAACUAGCUAGAGUCGGAGCUUCGAUCGCUAAACACCUCUACACAAUUGGAUAUAUUCGAAGCGCAAGAUAUCAUUACAAGCAACCUACGGUGUUUCAACAGCAUUCAUUUACUAAGUUAUACAAGGGAGCCAUGAUAGAAAAGCAAAAUUUCCUUUCAACAAUGACUACUAACAACACUACUGAGGAAGGGAGUGAACAAGAACAAAUGAUAUCUGUAACUUUUAUUGACAAGGAUGGUGAGGAGAAGCAUAUCAAAGUCCCUGUUGGAAUGUCUAUGUUAGAAGCAGCUCAUGAAAACGACAUUGAACUAGAAGGAGCAUGUGAAGGCUCGAUUGCGUGUUCAACUUGCCAUGUUAUAGUCACGGACUUGGAACAAUACAAUAAAUUGGAAGAUCCAACUGAUGAGGAAAAUGACAUGUUGGAUCUAGCUUUUGGGCUUACUGAAACAUCACGUCUGGGUUGCCAAGUGAUUGCAAAACCUGAACUUGAUGGAAUUCGUUUAGCUAUUCCUGCUGCCACUCGGAACUUCGCUGUUGAUGGUUAUGUGCCGAAACCACAUUGAGUCAUUUUUUUGGGUUCAAUGCAAAGAGUGCCGCUUUCAGUUUUGUAUCCUUACCGAUUUAGAUAAAUUAGCAUUUAUUGAUAUCAUAGGCAUUAUUUUUGUAUUUUCCGUGUUCACGGAGCACCUCUAUAUAUAUAUAUAUAUAAAGAGAUCAUGUUGUAAUUUUGGACGGGCUACACUUUUGCAUGUCAAUAAAUUACUUGUACUGUGUUAUUUUUUUUUAA